UUUAUUACUGCUGGUUGAAUCGCUUGUAGUGAGGAAGGGAAAAGCGAAGUAUAAGAACAAAUUUUCGGCAGCAAGAAAAAUCGUACAUCCAUCAAGAUACAUUUUCUUUUGCUAGUUCCUUAUCGUCCAAUUUGUAAUCAUUUUGUUUAACAACAGAAUUAUACCUUGUGAAGUAAGUUUUGAUUAAGGACAAUUCGACGUAUGGAGACGGAAAAGUUGGCGCUUCACUCGAUCGUUCGCCCCCUAAAGUGAGACUGGUCUCUGUGUGUGGUGUUUUGACCGAUUUCUUGCUGCUGUCAUCUUUCAAUGUGGUAAAAAGGUCGGAUCGGACAUCGGUUGCCUGGGAAAAUAGUUCUGAAAACGAAAUGACCACCUACGCGACUGAUAGCCAAGGCAAGUUUAUUCCGGCCACACAACGCCCGGACGGGACUUGGCGCAAGCCAAGGCGUAUUCGUGACGGAUAUGUCCCCCAGGAAGAGGUACCUUUGUACGAAAGUAAAGGUAAAUUGUUUGCGCAAAAGCCAUCCCUUCCGCCGGGUCUGCCUCCGGAGAUGAUACACAAAGCAAAAGAAAAGCGAGAAAAAGAACAACGCAUGCGGCAACAGCGAGAGGCAGAGGCAGCUCGCCGAGCCCAACAAAAUCCCAUCCCGGGUCUGCUGAUACUACAUGAUGAUAACAAAGCGCAUCAACAGCAGCAGCAGCAUUCACAACAACGGUCACGACCGGCAAAUGCUAAGUCGAAGAAGAAAGCACUCGAACUGCCAGAUGUUCUGUUGGAGCAGAAGCAGAAGGAGGAGCAGAAGCUGUCUCGUCAACAGCAUCAACAACAGGAACAGAAAAACAAGUUGCAACAACAACAGCUAAACGAUGUAUCAAAGGCUGUUGGCGAGCUCCAGUUGGCUAGCAGCAAUGCCUCCGACGGACACUCCGAUCUCACCAAAAAAUUGCGAAAACUACGCAAAAAAAUCCGCGAAAUUGAAGUUAUCGAGGAUCGGUUACGAUCGAAUGAUAAUCCACGUCCGGAUAAGGAUCAGAUCGAAAAGGCCAAGCGAAAACCGGAGAUACUGAAAGAAAUUGAAGAGCUGGAACGAAGCAUGCCAAAAUGAUGACAAGCAGCAGCCGUCUUUGCGGCCAGAACCAGCACCACCACCACCACCACUCAUGUCUCCGUCGCGGGUGCCACCCUGCGACGGAUGAACUGAUAUUCUCUGUGUACAAACGAAGAGAUACGCUACAUACAACCAUAAGUCCAGCUAGGAAACUGAUAAGGAUUCGCAAUUUAAGCUGUAAUAGUGAGAGAUGCUGUUAGAAAGGCAUUUUCUUUCCUCGGUCCUGUUACGAAUGAUGAAUACUGUUAAUUGGAUAAGUUCACUAAGUUUUUAUUUUUAUAAAAUUAUGAAAGUUCCUUCUGUUGAGGGAAUAAUCAUUGAUUUUUUUUUCGUCUUCUUUACAAAUACAAAAGUCGAUGUUUUAAUAAAUUGUGUAUGAAAUUCUACUAAGUGAAUCAAUGUAAAAAGAAUAUCAUCUCUGCAAAGUUUAGCGAUCAUUAACAAACACAAAUCUAGGAUAUAUUUUGAAACACUGUUAAACGCAGUCUCGUUUAAACGGCACUUUAAGGCUCCGACAUAAUUUAUCGAAACAUGAUAGUCCCGCCACAAUGAAAGUACCCAAAGCAACUGGAGCAGUAGGAGUAAUAAUAAUUGUAGACCAUCCGAAUCUUUUAGUUCAAAACAAAAGCAAAACUAUGCGGCGAAUAAUGUUAACGCAGUUCUAUGCACCCACUCGUAGGACAGAAACUUUUCCGAUUACAACAAAACUUCCAACUUUUCAAUUAUCACUGCGUAGCUAUUCAAAGGUAAGAAAGAAAUGUUAAACCAAACUACCCUUCUUUACCGGUGGUUCCCGUAAAGUGUGCAUUUCAACAAAUGGCAAACAAAAGAAAAGGAUGCCUUCAAGUACUAUUCUAUACUUAGAACGUCAAAGUGUAAUGUAAACGAAAACCAACCAGAAAAAAAUGAACUAGUGCUUAGAGCGGAAAUUAUAUUUUAAACGAUAUAAGAAAAAAAACUGACAUACUUCAUUAAGAACGUGUACCGAUUAGAAACAGAAAGAAGUGUUUUAAUUGAUGAUGAAAAAACAUACAUACAUACAUAAUAGUUUGAACGUAAGUGAUUGAAAACAGUCAAAAUAAAUGUUUAAAUAUGAA